GUCGCCUUUCUCCAAGCCAAUUCAAAACUUGCAAAAGAAAUAUUCUUGUCGUACCCAAUUCACAGUAAUGAUGGAGUCUUGGGGCCGAUCAUGAUAUCGGGGUUUUGUUGCCGACGCCAAUCUCUAGCUCAUAGCUAAGCCUGAUUCAAUUGACCUGGACCUAAAGAACAAGCCUCAUAGUCUUAUUGAAUAUCCUGUUUCAUUCAUAAUCCCAAGGUUUUGUAACUGUGAAUGAUGUCAAGACCAGUGUUGCUUGUUUUUCUGCUUGUUGUUCUCAUAAUCACUUCCCAGUUUGAGUGGAAGCAACAACUUGUCCCUGACCUUGAUGCAACUCCAAGUAUUUCCCAAAAGCCAAGUCAGAGCUCAAAGAGGGAAGAAGCUGUAAAAGAGAAGAUCAUAUUAUUGCAAGAAAAGAACAUUAAGAGACUCAAUGAGAUUGUCCAUAGCCUUAGGGAACAGUUGCGACGGUGUAAAAGCAAGAAUGAGACAAGGCAGCACAGCGUAAGUUUCCUAUCUGAACAUGUUACAGAAAUUGAACAACAUCAGAUAUUCGAGGACUAGGUUGAGCCCGUGGAAGUAUAUGACUAAUACUUGUAAUAUGUUUGACCUGUAAAACCUUAGUAGGCAUUUGCUUUUUACCAAUUCUCACAGUGAAAUUCCAUCUUGGCCAAGUAUAGAAUGGAAAUUUACUUAUGGUCAGGAGUCAUUCAAUUGUAAAGUACUAAAGUUAUAUCUGAAAGAAGCUUGUCACAUUUUACUUCUUUUC